AUGUCGGAUUGCCAAGGUAAGGAGCAAUGUCCGUGUUCUUCGUUUGAAGAAACCAUUUUGGUUGGAUUCGCUUCUCCGAUACUCUCUUCUUUCUCGGUAGUAGUUUUACUUCAUUAGUGAGAGAACAUCAUCGUUAAUCUUAAAUAUGACUACUGUUGGGAUACAAGAUUAAUGGAUGCCUCUUCACUUUUCCUACGAACGUCAAGGUGUACCUUAUAGAAACGGUUGAGAAUCAACAGAUAUCAUAUGAAUCUCGUCAGGUAGUUCUGCCGCCUAUCAAUUCUAACUGCUGUGCGGAUGUUGUGUGAAGGAAAGGAGUCGUGGCCAGAACUGGUCGGAGCUGAAGGAAGAGCCGCCGCAGUGAUAAUCGAGAAGGAGAACCCUCACGUGGAUGCUAUUGUCAUUCAGAAGGACGAAAUAACGGACAUGCAGUACCGUUGCGACCGGGUCUGGGUUCGUGUGGAUGAUAAUGGCGUCGUCGCUGAAACUCCCAGGAUCGGCUAG